UAAUAACAAGACCAAAUUAAUAAUUACCAUGUCAUCUGGGAUGUACUAUAACGGGAUAUGUUACUCGCGCUUUCUUAUCAGUGCCAAUGUUGGUGUCCAAUUGGAAUCGAUCGAUCGAUAAGCGCCGUGUUUAAACGCCGUAAUCACGGUACAUGCCGGGUUGAUCGGAUAUAUUCCGUGCAUAAAUUUUCCGGUGAUUUUGGGAGGUGGGCAAUCAAAAUAGUAGGAAAAAAAGGUUGUUGGUUUCUUAAAUACUUUUUUCAUUGGAUCAAUUUUAAAAAUUUAUAAAUAUGAAACAGAUACAGAAAAGUAAUUUACCAUAUUUAAUUAUUAUAGAAAAUUUACGUUUUGUAAUUAAAAUACGUUCAGAAAUAACUUAAUCAUUAAAUUUCAAUUAUAGCUUUAAUUACAUGGUUUAUAUUAAUUAUAGAAUAUAAUUAUGUCAAAUGUGUCAAUAAACAUAGAAAUUAUUUUGUAUUGGGACUUAUUAUUUAUGUAAUUAAAGUGUACGGCUGCUAUAAACAUGUUUAUAACAUGUAAUAAUUUUUGGUUUAAUAAAAUGUCUGACCUUUGUUUUAUUCAUGUUUGUUUUCAACAUGGCCUUUGAUAAUCUUUGAUGUUUAAACAUAUUUUUCACAUAUAUUUGUAAUUAUGUUCUUAUUUAGCUUUAAUCUUCAUUUUUGAAUAGAUUGUUUUCUAACUUCACACAAUAAUGCCCUUUUAAAAUAUGCUAUUGAAUGACAGUUUUAAUUAUAAAUUAUAACUCAAAUUUUUCAUAAAAAGAUAACAUUUAAGAUGCAAUGUUCAUAUAUGAAAUUUAUACAUACUGAUACACUGCAAUAUGGCAUAUGGAAAAUCGGAUUUUGUUCUCUUUGAGGAUAUUGAUUUAGAUUUUUUUCUUGGUGAAUUUACAGCUAGUGAAUAUGAAAAUUCUGAGGAUGAGGAUAAGAUAAGUGUAAAAUCUAAAGAUGAUAAAAGAAAAACUUAUGUAUGUGAUCAGUGUGAUAAGUCAUAUAAUUCUGUAUCGGGUAUUAGAGGACAUUUAAGGAAUAAACAUGGAGUUAAGAAUGUUAAAGCUUCAGCUUAUCGCCUUGAUGCAGAAAACAGGAAGACAAAGGUCAAUUCAUUUACAAUGGAUGAAGAACACUUCAGCAAAGUAUUCACAGAAAUAUUUCAUUCAUCACUGAAGAAUGUGUGCAACAACAGAUUUCGAAACCUUAAAUCAUCAGUUUAUGGUAAAGGCAUUGUUUCUAUUGGAUCAUCAUUAAAGGAAAACACUUAUGUACAACAACUUCUUAUUAAAGCUCUUGAUCCACUAUAUUACAAAGUUCUCAGUUCAUCAGCAGACAGUGAUAACAAUGUUAAUGAAGUUUUGUUAAGCAAGUAUUAUGAGUUGUUUCAUGAUGAAUCUUUGAUCAGUAACUUGAUACAAAUUUUGGAGUCUUUGCAAAUUUCUAAUGUGCCACUAAAGCAGUUUGUAGCAACAUUGAACAGACAGUUGAUACAAGAUUUAAUUCAUAAAAGGACUGAAGUUUAUGAAAAAGCAAUCAUUCAAGAUAAAGAAAUAGUUCUUUCUCAUACUGAACAGUCAGUUUUAUUUUACAUAUCUGGCUUCAUGAUUAAAAAAAUUGUAACAAACAAACAGCUUGAGAAAAAUUUAGAUGAUGAAAUGAUUGCAAAGCUAGUAAAAAACGAUAAAGAUUCAGAAAAAACAUUUGUGAACAAAUUCUCUGAAUGGACAGAACAAGUAAAUCGAGGUGGGCUUAAGGUACCCAGUGAUAACUUUUUUCUCUUCAUACGCUCGUGUGAACUCAUUGUCAGGAAAAACAUUGACGAAGAGCAUGUUACGUCUCACAUAUAUACUACAAUUAAAGAAAUCAUCUUGGAAGACCAUAUGGUGAAACAUUAUAGUGAACAGCUGUUCCAAGGAAAUCAGGCUCCUUUUUUAAUUGAGUUUUGUGUUGACUUGUUCCUAAAAGUGCGUGGACAUGCAGCUGCCAAAGUGUUAAAAGAGAAACUGCAAAAAUCAGAUGAGUCAACAAAGUCAAUGCGACAUGUCCUCAAAGACAAAUCAAACAUUAAUUAAGAUAGUCAUGAAUAUUGGGUGUAAGUGAAAUACAUAGACAUACAUGUGUUCAACUCUGAAAAUAUUUCAUAAGAUAAAGAUUUAUACUCUUAAAAUGUUACCAGAAUAACACUACACAUAAAAUGUGUUAAUUUGAUGAUUUAAUCUAUUAAAUGUUCACACUUUUAUUCUAAUUAAACUAUACAAGUUUUGAUUGUGAAUGUUUGUCAAUCAUAAAUGGCUAGAAGCCUGUUGAAAUAAAGAUUUUAUAAAUAAAUUAUAA